AGGAGAGGCGGGGAAGGUGCCGGCCCCAGGACCGGCCGGCCUUCCCGAGCGAAGCUCCCCUUUUGCGUGGGCAGCUGAGUGACAGCGGGGGGUCGGGACAACCAGGAUGGCAAAACUGAAAAAGAAACACCCAGAAACUGCCGAAAAAAGGAAAAAGAAAUUAGAGCCUCCAGUAGCAGAAGAGGAGUUGUUUGAACCUGAAACUGAGCCAAAGAAAAAGAAAAAGAAAUUGAACUUGAAGAAAGAAGUAAUGCAGGAUGAGAAAGAACUAGGAGAUCAAGAACUAACUCCAGAGGAGAAGAGAACCCUGGAAAGGAAACUGAAGAAGGAGAGGAAAAAAGAAGAAAAGAAACAGCUCCGGGAAGCCGGAAUUAGUGUUACGAAAGACGAGCCCCCGAAACCGUCAGGGUCUGAGUUGGCCCUGGAGUAUCUAACUAGCUGGUCAAAAAAACGCAAGACAUGGAAGUUCCAGAAGACCAGACAAACCUGGCUCCUGUUGCACAUGUAUGAGAGUGACCAAGUCCCAGAAAAAUACUUCUCCAUCCUCCUUUCCUAUCUGGAGGGCCUGAAAGGCAAUGCCAGAGAUCUGACCGUGAAGAAAGCUGAGUCUCUCAUGAAAGAGCUGGACGCCACUGAGCCCAACGACCCCAAUCUCUCAGCGAAGGCCGAACGGAUCCGACAAGUUCUCCAGCUGUUGUCAUAAACAGGAUAGGCCUUGGCUCCUUCCCGAAGACGCCCCUCUGGCCAUGAAGGGAUCCCUCCCCCUCCCUCAUCCCCACAACCAAACCUUUCUUGCGUGAAGCAAUUAUUUUUUUUGUUAUUUGCGAAAUCAGAUCUUUCCCCAAGCACAUUAUCAGGAGGUAAAAAUGCUCUGUUGUUUAAACCUAUCGUUUUCACUCCUGGGUACAAGCUCUCGGUAUGUCCAGUGAUCUCAUUUUAAGUGAUCCGAUCUUAUCUUGGAAGGAGAGUGAAUGAUCCUUUUGUGUCUUUUAAACUCUCCCGGAUCAGAAUGGAAUCGCAAUGAAGUGGUGGAGAGAGGCCCAAAUCCUCGGCUUAGGAAGGCCUUAGGCCCCAGUGAGUCUUUCACAAAGAGACCGUUUUUUCAGGACAGGAGAUAGAGUACAGCAUUCCCUCUGCCAGCUGAAAUCCAUCUCUGCCGGCCUCAGACGCCCAUUGCAGGGGUUUGGACGAGCUCAUUUUCAACCGGCCCAUCAAGGCUCUGGUCAUAAAUUUGCUCAUAACCUGCCUGAGCUCUGACAUUCGAAGCUCUGGGACCUCUUUCAUUUUCCCGGUCGAUUUCAAGCUUUCUGGUGUCCCGCGGCACUUGUUGCUUAGUUACGGAACAAACACAAGGCAGUGAAUCAACUAGGCCACGUACCUGGAUGGGCUAGAAUGGGUUGAUUGUGAUUUUAAUAAAAAUGAAAUCCAUAAAUUGUGCUGUAACUGUGUUUUGGCUGGCCGCUCAAUUUCAUUUUCAUUUGCCUUGUGUGAUUGUCUUUCAAUAGAGUUCAUUUGUAUUCAGUU